CACUUACUUCUUCAAUCCCACGCUCUUCUCUUUUUUUAUCCUCCUCCUAUCCAUGGCAUUGGCACGUGCCAUUCGCUGUAACUUUCGCUGUAACCUGCCUUCUCCCAAGCCACCGGCUCUCGCCCGACAAUCGCCGCCGGAGAAGAUCGUUUUGCAGCCUCGGUUAUGCACCUUGAGAUCCUUCGCCUCUGAUCGGGCCGGACUGGUGAAGACGCCAAGGGAGGCUAACCAGGAUAAUACGUCGCCGUUCUUCGAAACCUUAUCUGAGUAUAUCGAGAGCUCCAAGAAGAGUCAAGAUAUUGAGAUAAUCUCUGGUCGCCUCGCCAUGAUAGUGUUUGCGGUGACUGUGGCAACCGAGGUGGUGACGGGGAACUCGAUAUUCCGGAAGAUGGAUUUGGAAGGGAUUACUGAAGCAGCAGGAGUAGGAUUGGGAGCCAUGAUGAUUGCUGCCAUUUUUGCAUGGUUGUCGAGCGCUCGAAGCAGGGUUAGUCGAAUUUUCACUGUCGGUUGCAAUACAUUUAUUGAUUCGCUCAUCGAUCAGAUAGUCGAUGGGUUGUUCUACGAAAGUGAUUGGUCCGAUGACUUCUGAAGCACCAUACAUAUAUAAUAAUACAUAUAUACAUAAAUAUAUAUUAAUUUCUAUACAGAGGAUAUAAUUUACACAUGGGUAUAUGGAAGUUUCGUCUAUCUUUCUCGUAGAACUAAUUAGUAGAGGAUUAGAGAUUGAAGAAUAACUUGUAGGGGGUGUUUCAUAAGGGAAGGUUUGCAGGGGGUGUGAAUAUUGUAACUAAUUAGAAAAAUAUUGAAAUCCUUUUUCCUUAAAUUCAAUUUAUCUUAAGAGGAAGAUCAUCGUUUGUGUUCAUCCAUGUUUGAGAGGAAGCUUUUCCAACUGGAAAUUCAUUCUUUUGAGUCUCCAGAUUGUGACUAUUAAAUUAAAUUUCUAUUGUAGUUUAUGGUAA